CCGACACCGACAUAGACGUAUCCUCUCUAUAAAUUGAACUCAAAUCCCUUAAGACGAGCAUAGCAAAUACAUCACAACACUACACAGAUAACAGAGGAAGAAAAAUGUCGUCCGAGUGUCCUGGGAAGAACUCGUGGCCAGAGCUUAUGGGAACAAAUGGAGAUUAUGCAGCGUCAGUGAUAGAAAGAGAGAACAGGAGAGUGGAUGCAAUCGUAAUUUUGGAUGGAACUCCAGUGACUGCAGACUUCAGGUGCGACCGGGUCAGGGUUAGGGUUGAUAGAAACCGUAUCGUCGUCAAAGUCCCUACCGCCGGCUAGACCUGCAUACAGAACACGUACGCGGUUACCAUAUCUGUAUAAUAUGAAUAAAAUAAAACUUUAUAUAAUGCAUGGUUCAUAGUUGGUCAUGAUGUAGGUUAUAGGAUAUCUUUUGCGUGAAUAAUUUCGUUUUUGGUUACCCGAACGGUUUGGGAUGUAUAAAGCUAUAAAUAAGUGUGUUUUUUUUUUGACAUCAGCUAUAAAUAAGUGUUUAUAUAACGCAAUGGUUGCGAUUUGAAUAAAUUUAACAUCCUAUUAGUUCUUAAGAUAUGGGAUCAUCAAUGAUAUUCAAAA